AUGUGGCGCCCGGGCCUCGACCGCACCCUCCCGCCGCGGGCGGCCGGCGUGCUGCUGCUGCUCGCGACGGCAGCAACGACGCAGCUCCCCUGUCAGGAGAAGUACUUCUCGCUGGGCCGACCGCCGCGCGGCGCGCCUUUCGUGGAGGACGCGCGCCGCGUGGGCCUCUGCCAGCGGUACCACGGCGCCGACUACUACUUCACGCUGUUCGACACGCGCUACCGCAUCCCCGUGUACUCGGCGUACGUGCCGGCGCCGGAGCCGGCCGACGGCGCGCGCAGCGGCAGGCGUCGCACCGGACGCUGGUACGUGGAACACUCCCUGGCCGAGGACAGCAACGGCACUCAGGGUAUGGACCAGUGGCCAGGCUCCAGAGGCCGAGUGUCACGCCGCAUGCGGGACCAGCUGCCACGCCUCCAGGCCGUCGACGACGACUACGCCGAGUCGGGCUUCAACCGCGGCCACCUCAACCCCAACUUCCUGCAGGACGGCAAGAAUCCGCGCCUCGCCACCUUCACCCUCACCAACGCCGUGCCUCAGGAGCCUUGCUUCAACCAGGGCGCGUGGAAGCGCGCCGAGCAGCUGUUCGAUGAUGUGUUCGUCACGUUCUGCUACGCCCGGAACGGUUCGCUGCACGCGCUGACCGGCGCCGUGCCGAACUACCCGGCUGAGGAGAGUGACCUGAGGACGACUCGGACCAUAUCCUGCGGCGACAAUGAGGGCGGCUGCAGCGUCUGGAGGCCCCAGCACGAGGAAGACAUGUACCACAGGGUCAACAUUCCGUCCCGGAUGUGGACGGCGGCCUGCUGCCGGUACAUGGAGGAUGGCCGCCAGAUGGCGCUGCCCUACCUGCACUGGGGACUGAACGCGCGCGACGGCAUUGCUCACCUCAACGUGGGCGGCCACGAGCUGCGCCACUUCGAGCUGCAGCUACGCGAGUGGCACUACGCAGAAAGCGGCGGCGGCGAGCUCGACCCACUGCUGCUCCACGCCAUGGGACGCCAGCGGCGCGUCCAGCAGCUGACCAACCGUAUCUACGGCCUGCUGGCCACCGGCCGCUACUUCGUGAAGUGCGUCGACCCGCUGGACAGCUACGUGCACAGCCACGAAGCGAACAGCGCGCGCACGCACCACACGCUCGCCAGCCCCUACUGCUCGCUCUCGAUGAGCUACGAGCCGGACGACCCCAUUCCGGACCUAAACCUGGUGCUGCGCCUGUCCUCGCGGAGCGUCGCCUGGACGCUCGAGUACGCCGCUCACGCCGGCGCGCUGGCCAGCGGCGACACGGUGCUGCUGGUCGACCGCGAGACAUGCGUUGGCCUUACCUACCCGCACCGGCGCCGUGGCUGGCCGCAUGGCCACAUCGUCGGCAACGGUGCGCGGGUGCGACUGCGCACCGCACACACCACGGACGCGUCGUACGACAUUCUGUACAGCUCGUACACGUCCAACAUCUAUUACGACCGGUUCGACGACAGCAGCAAGCAGCUGUGGCGGGUGGGCGGGCUCCCGCGCCACGGUGGCCAGAUCACGUUAGAAAACGUGCGGUUUGACAAAUGGUACUUGGCCUUAAAGGACAGCGUGACGGACGACGGGGGAGUGUUCAAAGGGAAGUUGUGCACCAACCACAACAAGUGGCUGGUCUACAAGCUGCCAGCUACGAUCAAGGUCGAAUACGGGUCGGAGAUUCAUGGGUUCGAGACAAUGGUGCGCAACGCUUGCGCACCAGGGGAGAACAAGCCACUCUGCACUGUGUGA